AAAAAAAAGUAUAUAUAUAAAAUUAUAUUUUUUUAAUUUCCGCCUCUUCUUCCACCUCUCAAAUCUCUCUCUCUCUCUAAUUUUCUGUUUUUCUCUACACAGCUUCCAUUGACAAAGCUUUCAGGCGAAGCUUUUAGUAGUUUGGUGGGAGUUGUGGGGUGAGAAUGGCUUCAAGUGCAUCCGAGGAAGCAGGUAGCGCGAGGUCGUUGGAGGGAGCAUCUAAUGGCCAGCAGAGAUGCCAAUCUAGUGAAGCGUUGGCUGAAUGGAGGUCUUCCGAUCAGGUGGAGAAUGGGAUAACGUCAACAUCGCCUCCUUACUGGGAUAGUGAUGAUGAUGAAGAUUCUGGACCCAAACCUUCCGAGCUUUAUGGGAAAUAUACCUGGAAGAUUGAUAAGUUUUCACAAAUUAACAAGAGAGAACUUCGGAGUAAUGCAUUUGAGGUUGGAGGCUACAAAUGGUAUAUUUUGAUUUACCCACAAGGAUGCGAUGUCUGCAAUCAUCUCUCUUUGUUUCUAUGUGUGGCUAAUCAUGACAAACUCCUUCCAGGUGUGAUAAUAACAGGUUGGAGUCAUUUUGCUCAAUUCACGAUUGCUGUGGUGAACAAAGAUCCUAAGAAGUCCAAAUAUUCAGAUACAUUACAUCGAUUCUGGAAGAAAGAGCAUGAUUGGGGUUGGAAAAAGUUUAUGGAGCUUUCAAAAGUCUUAGAAGGAUUUAUCGAUGCUGAUACCCUCAUAAUUAAAGCUCAAGUUCAAGUUAUCAGGGAGAGAGCUGAUCGUCCCUUUCGUUGCCUUGACUGUCAAUAUAGGAGGGAGCUUGUUAGAGUAUAUUUGACCAAUGUUGAACAGAUCUGCCGCCGUUUUGUGGAAGAACGUCGAGGAAAACUUGGAAAGUUGAUAGAGGAUAAAGCUAGAUGGUCGAGCUUCUGUGCUUUUUGGCUGGGAAUGGACCAAGAUUCUAGGUGCCGCAUGUCUCAGGAGAAAUCAGAUUCGAUUUUGAAAGUGGUGGUCAAACACUUCUUCAUCGAAAAAGAGGUUACAUCUACUCUUGUCAUGGACUCUUUGUACAGUGGGCUUAAGGCUAUUGAAGGCCAGAUGACUAAAGGCAAGAAAGGAAAGGGGAAAUAUUUGGAUGCAGAAGAACAACUGGUUCCUAUUGUUCGUUUGGACAAAGAGAUGUUUGUCUUGGUGGAUGAUGUCUUGCUUUUGCUUGAGAGGGCUGCCUUGGAACCGCUGCCUCCAAAGGAUGAGAAAGGUCCCCAGAACCGCACAAAGGAUGGUGCUUCCGGAGAGGAAUUUAACAAAGAUUCCAUUGAGCGUGACGAGAGGCGCCUAACUGAACUAGGUCGUCGAACCAUUGAGAUAUUUGUCCUUGCACAUAUUUUCAGUAAAAUAGAGGUUUCAUAUCAGGAAGCUGUUGCUUUAAAGAGGCAAGAGGAGCUCAUCCGUGAAGAGGAGGCUGCUUGGCUGGCUGAAACUGAGCAGAAAGCUAAAAAAGUGUCUGACAGGGAAAAGAAAUCAAAGAAAAAACAGGGUAAACAGAAAAAGAACAAUCGCAAAACAAAGGAUAAGGGGAGGGAUGAAAAAACUUGUGUUAUUGAGCAAGAGAAGAGUGAACGAGAUGGAAAUGACUACGAGAUUGAGGAGCCAGAGGCAGCACCUGAAAAACCAGAUAUGCUGGAAGAUGUAUCAGAUGUUUCUGAUUCAGUCGAUUGUGUGCCAGAAGUAAACCAUCCUGAUUUUGAAGACAGAGGUGCAAGUCCUGUCAACUGGGAGACGGACACCUCUGAAGUGCAUCCUUUGACAGAAACUCGCUGCAGUGGGUUAAAUAGCCUUUCAGCUGCACAGAAUGGUAUUUCAGGGAGAAGUCUUUCUGUUAUGGAUGAUAGUUCAUCAACGUGUUCUACAGACUCAGCUCCUUCAGGGGCUAUGAAUGGGCCUUACAGAGGGACUUCUUCGAACCAUAAAAACCAGAAAUCACCUAGCAGAACGGUUAAUCACAGAUGCAAGUCAACUAGUAAUGCGACUGACUUGGCUAGUGAAAUACAUAGGCAGCCAUUAGAUGCUCUUCCAGAUGCAGGGAAGCUAACUAAUACAGCUAUAAGUUGUGGGGCAACUAGAUCCGAGUCUCACGCUAUAGCGCAUUCACAUGAGCAGGAAGUGGUGAAGAAGGAAGUAAUAGUUUCACAGCAAAGAAAGCUGACUGAGCCUGAUUCAGAAAGACCUCCCUUGGAGAAGCCACAUGUCAUAUCUCCUCCUAGAAGCCCUUUAAAAGGUGUGUCUGCCGUUCAGUCGAAGUCAGAGCUAAAGGUCUCGGCCACAAGUGAUCCAAACUCUGUUAAAAGAUUGUCUUCGGACAGUCCUAAGCUGACUCAUAAGUCAAUUACUUUGGCUAAUUCAGCUGAAACUGCUGUGUUGUUGAAGGCUGAUCCUCAUAAAGGUAUAGAGCGACAAGUGGUGGAGAAGCCCUCAGUGCAUUCAGUAUCUAUUACACCUCAGAACUUCCAAUCUCAUCAAGUGAAUGCCUCUGCUACGACAACUGAAAAGCCCAAAUUACAAGUUCCUGCCCUGUCCAGACCUUUGAGUGCUCCUGUAGUACCUGGGCCUAGGCCUGCUGCCUCUGUUGUUUCCAUGGUUCAUACGUCGCCAUUACUGGCCCGUUCAGUGAGUGCAGCAGGUCAAUUGGGCUCUGACCCUUCACCAGCAACCCACAGUUAUGUUCCUCCUCAGUCCUAUCGAAAUGCAAUUGUAGGCAAUCCUGUUUCUGGAAGUCCGGCUGGUUUUAGUCAACCCUAUUCUCCAAGUUCAAUGGUUAACAGUUCGCAGCCAUACCCUCAAUCACCUUCGCUGAUUUCCGGGCCAUUAUUUUUACCACAGGGUUCAGAAAGAAUAGAACCUAGUUGUAUCAGACCAGGUUUUUCAUAUGGAAUGAUGAAUCAUGAUAACCUGCCGAAUGGACUUCAAUGGGAGAGUACUUCCCAGAGGGACAGCAGGAGUAUAUCUCGUGAUCAUCCUUCAAUGCUAAACGAGUUUCAAAACUUUGAUGUGUACCAGCCUGUAAGUAGGACCCAUGAUCACAUCCCAUCCGAGUUUCCAGCCUGCACGUCUGGUCGUCAGUCCCAGAGUACGGCACUGGCUGAUGAAUUUCCACAUCUUGAUAUCAUUAAUGACUUGCUGGAUGAUGAGAAUGGAAUUGGAAGGAUUUCGAUGGGUCCCACCACAAGCUUUCAAAGUUAUAGCAAUGGGUCACACCAUCUGAAUCGACAUUUCUCUUUCCCUGGUGAUAUUGGGAUGUCUGCUGAUUUAAGUCCUUCAACAAGUUCCUGUAGGUUUGAGCGAACGCGAAGUUAUCAUGAUGACAUCCAGCAUAAUUUUUACGAAGGCCCUUUUGAUAGUGCUAGGGAUAUGAUUCGGCAGCCUAAUCCACGAUUUAUAAGUGGGCAGAUUGAUGGGUUAGUACCAAAUCAGUGGCAAAUGAUGGGUUCUGAUCCAUCAUUUCUUGGAAUGAGGACUGCAGAAAAUGAUCCCAAUUACCCAUAUCACGUCCCUGAUUACUCGAAUGUGGCUUGUGGUGUAAAUGGCUACGGAGUAUAUAGGCCUCCAAAUGGUCUUUGAUAAUAGAUGGCGCGGUCUUCCAUUAUAAUAAUGUCCUAGAGGAGAGCAUUUGGUAUUUGGAUAGUGGAGUGAGGUUGUAACCCUCUGGCAAGGAAACAUUUUGUAAAGAGUGAUUCUGCCCUUCUUGGUUUCCAUUUUUACUAGCUUUGAAAAAUGUGGCUUUUCUAUCACCCCAAUUGGGGUUUUGAUGUUUUUAAAAGUUUGGCCUUCUCUUU